UGCGCGGGGCCUUCCCUCGGGCUGGGGGUGCCGCCAGCCUUGCGCCCGAGGCUGCUGCGACCCGCGUUCCCCGCCUGGCCGCGGCGUCCCCGGGCUCCGGGACCGAGCCGGGCGGGGGCAUGAGCUGGUUCAACGCCUCCCAGCUCUCGAGCUUCGCCAAGCAGGCGCUGUCGCAGGCCCAGAAAUCCAUCGACAGGGUGCUGGACAUCCAGGCCGAGGAGAGCCCCUGGGCCCAGCCCGUCAUCCCCGACCCCGGCGACGGAACAAAUUCCCUUACAAGUGGAGGAUGGGAUACUUCUACCUGGGGAUUAAACUCAAAUAUAGAACCUCAAAGUCAGUCAAUAUCAUCACCAACAGCAAUCACCAAACCAGUUAGGAGGACAGUGGUGGAUGAAUCUGAGAAUUUCUUCAAUGCCUUUCUCUCUACAACAGAUAUUCAGAGUAUACAGCAGAGUCCAGUGGUGUCUAAACCUCCAACCAAAUCACAGCGACCCAAAGAAGAAGUGAAAAGCACUUUAAAGGAGUCUCUGUGCAACAGUCAGCCAGAAACGCUAGUAGAAACUGAGACCGAAGCAAAAGAUUCCUCUGCAUCUGUGCUAGUGGACUUGGAAAACCUUGAUGUUCCCCAGGAAAAACUAGAAGAAAGUUCUGCACUUGAAGCUGAUGCUAAGCAUGAAGAGAAUACAAACAAAGGCACUGAUGAUAAGGUGGCAACUCCAGAUCUCAAAGUACCUGAAGUUGCUGUUAAUGCAAAAUCUAAUGGAGGAAAUGAUGGACCAGGAAGUGCUCCUGACAGCCCUGCAGAAUCUCUUACUGCAGAGACAAAGGACUUGGGUUUGGAAAGUAAGGAACAGAAAAAUGAGGACAGACAAAGCAACACACCUUCACCUCCUAUUAGCACUUUCUCCUCAGGGACAUCCACAACUAGUGAUAUUGAAGUUUUGGACCAUGAAAGUGUAAUAAGUGAGAGCUCGGUAAGUUCAAGACAAGAGGCUACAGAGUCAAAAUCCAGUCUUCAUCUGAUGCAAACUUCCUUUCAGCUCUUAUCAACAUCUGCCUGUGCUGAGUAUAAUCGAUUAGAUGUCUUUCAGAAACUGACUGAGAGUUGCAGCUCCUCUGAUGCUUUUGAAAGAAUUGACUCAUUUAGUGUGCAGUCAUUAGACAGCCGAAGUGUAAGUGAAAUCAAUUCAGAUGACGAAUUAUCAGGCAGAGGUUGUGCUUCAGCAUCUCUCACAGUCAGCCCUUUAACAACAAAGACUGAGAUGAUUGACCCCAUGAAAAAUAAAUCUAAAGAAGAAUUGAAUGAGACACUCGUACACGCAGAGGAAACUGAAAUGGAGGAAAGUGGGAGAAGUGCAACCCCUGUUAACUCUGAGCAACCAGAUGUUUUGAUUGUUGCUGUACAAACAGAUGAAGGACAGACUGUCAAAGAGGAAGUUCUGAUGCAGCAGCAAGGUGCUGAAAAGUUCCCUAAAGUGAACUGUGAAAAGGAAGAGCUUUGCAAGAUGAUUGAUUUGUUAACUGAGAAGCUGGAGAAGAGGGAAACACAAUUAUUAAGUGUUAGUAAAGAGAAGGCAAGCCUGGAAGAAGCUUACGAUAACCUGAAAGAUGAAAUGUUUAGAGUGAAAGAAGAGAGCAGUAGCAUUUCAUCUCUUAAAGAGGAGUUUACUCUGCGAAUAGCAGAUGCUGAAAAGAAGGUCCAGCUAGCAUGCAAAGAGAGAGAUGCAGCUAAAAAGGAAGUAAAGAACGUUAAAGAAGAAUUGGCAACUAGACUAAAUUGUAAUGAAACAGCUGAACUAUUGAAGGAGAAGGAUGAACAAAUCAAAGGACUAAUGCAAGAAGGAGAAAAGCUUUCAAAACAACAGCUACACAAUUCCAACAUCAUUAAGAAGUUAAGAAUGAAGGAGAAGGAAAAUGAAAAUACUAAUACAAAACAGAGCAAAAAGAUUAAGGAGUUAGAAGAGGAGUUGCAGCAUUUAAAACAGGUGCUUGAUGGCAAGGAGGAGGUUGAAAAGCAGCAUCGAGAGAACAUUAAACAACUGAACAGUGUGGUAGAGCGACAAGAGAAGGAUCUCAGCAGACUUCAGGUUGACAUGGAGGAGCUUGAAGAACGGAACCGAAGUGUUCAAGCAGCACUUGACAGCGCAUACAAGGAACUUGCUGAUCUUCACAAAGCUAAUGCUACAAAGGAUAGUGAAGCACAAGAAGCAGCAUUAAGUCAUGAAAUGAAAGCUAAGGAAGAACUUGGAUUAGCUCUGGAGAAGGCCCAAGACGAGGCCCGCCAGCAGCAAGAGGCUUUAGCAAUUCAGGUGGCAGACUUGAGACUGGCACUUCAACGAGCCGAGCAGCAAGCAGCAAGAAAGGAGGACUAUUUGCGCCAAGAAAUCUGUGAAUUACAACAGAGACUCCAAGAAGCAGAGAAUCGGAACCAAGAACUGAGUCACAGUGUUACAUCUGCCACCAGGCCACUUCUUCGGCAGAUUGAAAAUCUCCAAGCAACACUGGGAGCACAAACCUCUUCAUGGGAAAAAUUAGAAAAGAACCUUUCUGAUAGACUUGGUGAAUCUCAAGCCCUCCUGGCAGCAGCAGCUGAGAGAGAACGUGCUGCUACAGAAGAACUUCUUUCCAAUAAAAUCCAAGUGUCUUCCACUGAAUCACAGAAUAGCCUCUUGAGGCAGGAAAACAGUCGCCUUCAGGCUCAGCUAGAAUCAGAGAAAGCCAGACUCAAGAAACUGGAAAAUGAAAACAAUAGAUAUGAGGUUGAAUUAGAAAACCUGAAAGAGGAGUAUGUGAAAACUCUUGACGAAGCAAAGAAAGAAAAGACGCUGUUAGCUACUCAGUUGGAAAUGGAGAAAAUGAAAGUUGAACAAGAAAAAAAGAGAGUAAUUUUUGUACAAGAAACAGCAAAGGAAAAGCUGUUGUAUUUUUCAAAGGAGCGCAAGUCAUUUACCUUAACAAUGGAAACUGUUUCGAGUACUCCAACACUGUCACGCUCAAGCUCUAUAAGUGGAGUUGAUAUGGCAGGGCUUCAGGCAUCCUUUCUCUCUCAGGAUGACCCUCACGAUCAUUCAUUUGGGUCAAUGUCUACAAGUGGGAGCAAUCUUUAUGAUGCUGUAAGGAUGGGAGCAGGUUCGAGUAUAAUUGAAAACCUGCAGUCGCAGUUAAAACUGAAGGAAGGAGAGAUUUCUCACCUACAGCUGGAAAUUGGAAAUCUUGAAAGAACUCGAUCAAUAAUGGCAGAAGAGCUGGUUAAAUUAACAAAUCAAAACGAUGAAUUUGAAGAAAAGGUGAAGGAGAUACCAAAACUACGUGCACAGCUAAGGGAUUUGGAUCAAAGAUACAAUACUAUUCUUCAGAUGUAUGGAGAGAAAGCAGAAGAGGCCGAAGAACUUCGACUGGAUCUUGAAGAUGUGAAAAAUAUGUACAAGACUCAAAUAGAUGAACUUUUAAAACAAAGACACAACUAAUUCCUGCUGAAACUGUAACUUUCCAAAAAUGACAUUAAACUGUAAAGAGUGGUGUUUAUGUAAAUGCAGAAUUCAAAUGCCUUGUAAAAAAUGUACUAUAAAAAUGGGAUUAUAUUGUAGAGUUCUUAUGUGGGGAAAAAAUCAUUACAGUGUCUAAUACUAUUGGCGGUUAAAUUAUUUGUGCAUUAUUUAAAAUGUGUUUAAAUAAAACCAUCCCUCUCUAUUUAAGGUUAACCAAAAGGUGGACCAUUAUGUACAGACAGUAGCACAGAGAUUAUUUGACUAAUGUAAUGUUACCUAAUCAUACAGCACUGGAAGGUGUAAGGAUAAUGUAGCAUGAGGCUUUAUUAGACCAGCCCCUGAUAAUUUGCAGAUUACUGUUUUACACCCUUUCAUGAGUGUACAGAUCAGAGUUUGUGUUGGAGGAAUUUUUAAUGUCCUGAACAUUUUUUUUAUAAUUUUAUAGUACAAAUAGUUGUGUUUUUAACAUGACUAUAAAUAGCAAUGACUUGCUGUGUGAAACUAAAGGAGGUAGAUAUUUUAGGCUUAGCUUUUUUUUUUUUUUUUUAAGUGAAAAUUUCUGAUUUUUACUUCGGGGAUCUUGAACAUGCGAGAGUAACAAUUUCAUGUUUGUAGACAAAAUUUUAUCUUCAUAUAAUGUCUUUUAUCUUCACUCCCCAAAGCAAGGAGAUUGACUCAAGACUGCUACGCUUGUUCUUAAACCUACUGCUCCAUCUUGAAUACUCUUUGUGCUGCAUUCCUGAAGCAUAAUGGGGCCAUUUAGAGACAGUUUUGCCUGUAACUCUAAAUGGAACUAAUGUCAACUGCAAUAAGCAAGACAAUUCUUUUGGUUCUUGUAAUUUUGGGUGCUGCUUUUUAACAGUACUAUUUAAAAAAACAAA